AUCAUACUGAGAUACUCCCGAAAAGACUAAACAAACACAGAAAUGUGUUAAAAGUAGAACCAAAUAGAUGACGUGUAUGUAAGGGUCCUUCGGUCUUCCGGGUGUGUGUAUAAACAGAUUGCUAGACGGAGUCGCCUCUCCUAAAAGAUGUCUAAAGUAACGUUUAAAAUCACCCUGACGUCGGACCCCCGGCUUCCAUACAAAGUACUAAGUGUCCCAGACAGCACACCAUUCACAGCAGUUUUGAAGUUUGCAGCUGAGGAGUUCAAAGUGCCAUCAGCAACCAGUGCAAUCAUAACAAAUGAUGGAAUAGGAAUCAACCCUGCCCAGACUGCAGAAGGGCAGGGGAAUCCGACACUAUGCCCUGGGAAGGAAGUACCCAAUCUGUCGCUAAGCCAAAGGGAACGUGUUUCUCAAACACGGCUCAGAGCUUCGCAUCAUUCCCAGAGACAGAGUGGGAGGACAAGGAGACUGAUGCUGCUUUUCCUUCGUCGACGACAUAAUGACUCACCCGGCAGAAUCAUAUAACACUUUGAGAUCCAGGAAACACCUCAGCGUGUGUCAUAUUUAUUUUCUGGCUCACAACUGACAGUGACUCACAUGAGAAUAUAUAUAUUUAAACUUGGAUGAUGACAUGCACACACACUUGCAUGCUCCCCGCUUCUUCAUUUUCAGUCAAGUUUUUUUGCAUCAAAAGAUUGGAGUGACAUCAAGAGUAUCCAGAGGUACUGAGUUAUUAAUAUACACAAAUAACAGCUGCAUCAUGGGAAAGAUUUUAGCUAAGAUUAACAAACAAUUAAGUCAACAGUUCUAGCUUUUGUAUCUUUGUAAAUGACAAUAAAUCAGUAUGACUAACAACAACACAGGCCUAUUUUGCAAUGUUAACUUUUGUCUUUAUCAGCAUUGUGAAUAUGGUAAUGUGACCUUUUUUUUUUUAAAUAUAUGUCCAACAUGCUUUUAAGGACCAUUGUCAUUAUAUUAAAUGGCAGCAAAUAUGCAGGUUAAUUCGAUAUUUUUGUCAGUAUACCUCAAACUAAAGAUAAAUAAACUUGCAUUAUGGAUCUGAACU